CCAGCCAUGCUUCAGACACUUCUGAUUUGGGCUGUCUUUGCCAAUUUUCUCCCUCCUCCAACCAGCCAGACCUGCUUCAAGGCCAAUGAGUCUCAGUGUCGCCAUGUGGACUUCGCUCCAGGAUCCAUCCUAGCAGGAGAAGGCUUUGACAUCACCACCUUGCAACGGAAAGGGGCCUUCGCCCUCGACAUGAGCUCCGGGCUCCAGAAGGACAAGUCCUGCACUCUGUGUAAAAACCCCUACAUGAGAGGUCAAAUGCAGAAGCUCCCAGUUUCUGUGGUGGAUUGGAGACCAAGUAAGAAGUGCACCAUCAAGUUGUCCAGCUCCGUCUACCAGUCCAGUGAGGCCCUGGUCAACGCCAGCACCUCCUCUAUUGAGAACAACUGGCAGUCAGACUUGCAAUUGAUACCUCCAAAAGACCAGGAAUCAAUGUUACUGGCAGGCAGUAACUCCAAGCUGGCCAAAUAUUCAAUGGAGAAAACCAAAGAAGACAAGUUCAUCUUCACCAGGCAUGCUGUCUCAUGUGGAUACUAUGGAUACAGCGUUUCGAGUCAUCCACUCCUACACCCAGAGCUAAAUAAUGAAUUCGAAAGUCUCCCUGAGACAUAUGAUGAGUCUACAAAGCACCUCUAUUACAAGCUUAUUGACAAGUUUGGUACUCAUUAUAUCACAAAGGUGACUCUGGGUGGAGAGGUUCACUCUGUGACCAGCAUCAGGGAGUGCCAGGCGUCCCUGGAGGGUCUGAGUGUGGACGAGGUGAAGAUGUACCUGGGACAGGUGAUCCCAGGUAACGACUUGCCAAAAUGGAACAGGGAUUUCAAUCUUGGAAUUGUGGACCUUACUCAGUUCAGCAGUGUGAAUCUGGAGGUGUGGGAUAAAGACAGCGAUUCAGAUGAUGACCUUCUUGGGAGGAGCACUGUUAAAUUGAAUUCUGGAGUUGAGGAAAAUGUCUGUGCACUCUAUUACGGAAUGCUGUAUUAUAAAGUGCAGGUGACAUGCAACCCUCAUUUGACUGGUCCUUCGUGCUUGGAGUACAAUCCCUCUCCCAUGGAGGCACAGCUGGAGAAACUGUACAUCUCCAGGAAUGCUCACCUGAUUCCCAGAGGUAUGAUGCUGGAGAUGGGAGUGCUCCUCGAUGAAUGCAUUCCCCGCUUCAACCAGAGCAAUAUUCGCAAAGCUAAAGGUCUUGAAUUGUAG